AUGAAAUCCCUUUACGACCGUGCCGGGAAGACUUUCUCCGGCGGUCCUUCUGCGGCACAGGAUAUGCCGCAUCGUACUGCUCGAACAGACCCAGCACGUCAACCAUCAGUUGGGAGAGGGGAUCCCAAGUAUCCCAGGACGGGGGAUAGCCGCGCCACCGGACGAGAUGACUCGUCCGACGUUCGUUCACGUCGCGGUGGUUCAACAGCUGCUCAACUAGAUAGCGCUGGCCACCGCGAGAGUCCUCUAAUGGAGGUGGAGGAGGAGGGAAGACGCUCUCCACACGAUCAUGGGGAUCCGUGUGUUCCCGAGAGCUUCUUUGAUCGCGUAACGCAAGGGUUACGCGGCGAUCUCGAACAUGAGCAGGACAGGCGUCUCCAAAUGGCGGACACUGUCUCUAAGCAUCGAGCCGAGUUUGCCUUGCUCAUCUUGAGAACGAGAGAGCUCUGA